UGCGUUUGUGCGUGUUUUAAUGCUGUGCUAUAACAGUCUGUUAGAAUGAAAAUAUACGCUUUGUGCUCUCAGACGUGCUAAAUGGCAUUCAAGAUCAGAUUCAUGCCACCUUUCCGGAACUCUUAGCAGCACAAGCUAUUAGCAUCAUCGUUUUGAUAUUAGAAAGCGCUUAAGUUUAUAGUGUUUAAGCAUUUUGCAACUUCGCAAAUAUUGACGAUUGUAUAUGCAUUAGACCAGAAAACCGGUAACGUGAUUGGGCAUGUCAGGGUAGGAGGUGUGUGUGUGUGUUACUGGUGUGGUUGGAGUGGUUUCUCUCACUCUUUGAGCUCAAACUUCACAUCUCUUGACUCUUACAGGCUUUUACUCUUCCCCUACAUACAAAUAAAUAGGUUUACAUGCUUGUUUUGUGGCUUGAUAUAGAGCUGGCAUUACAAUCUGCAGCAGACAGCACUAGAUUUGUAACAAAGAUAUUGAUCCAUACCGUGACCCUGCGCAUGCACUCUCGCUAAUUACAAAUGGUCGCGGUGACCCCGUUCUUGAAGCUAAAAUUACCCCAGCUCGUCUUGUAUUGUAUGUAACAAAUGGAAAAAACUAAAUCUGCACAGCACCUCUAAGAGGUCACGCGAGAGCUGUUGAAAUUAGGAAAGUGUAACGCUUGAAAAAAGGCACUUGUGAGUCACGAAGCAAGCAUGAGGCUUUGUCAACGCCACAAAACUGAGGUUUCCACCAAAAUAGUCUGUACACAUAGGCAGUGCUAACGGAAUAUAAUGUAUUUUAAUGCUUCCUGUUUAUUUGGCCUUGUUGAGUCUUUGCAUUUACUUUUGGGCAGUUGUGGAAAAAAAAAACGUGACGUCAGAGCAAAAGGAAGAGACUAUUUGUCAAACAUGCGCAGGGUCUUGCGCAAGUCCUGUGAAUUUGACUACUCUGAUGUUUUCCUGACUUCGACAGCGAGAGAGAGCUCAGAGAGGGUCUCUGCAAUUGUUUUAUGAUCCGUACUGCAGCAAUAUGAAGAACUCUGUGUGAAUAAAUGAAGAAGCCAGUAAUGCUGUUGUUGUGAGGUAUUUAAAAAGUUAAUUUAUUCUGUUAAUGGAUGUAAAUGAUGCUUUGACAUCCUCCUUUAAGUCCUCAUGAAUGUCUUUAUGAUCUUUAUUUUCCUCUUUAAUUAAUCAUUGGUGUCUAUAAAUCUUAAAGAACACUAUCAUUAAAAUUUUUCUUAUUGAUCUCAACUGUACAAAAGUGUAAUCUCAAAAAUCCCAAGUGUACAUCCUUAUCGGUAACAUGCUAUUUCACGUUUUUAAAGAGAGUUCACCCAGAAAUGAACCUUUAUUAAUUCACUCUCGCAUAUUUAUUUCUUUUGUGGAAGACAAGAGAUAUUUCAAAGAAUUUAAGAGCACAACUUUGGACCCUACUGACUUUUAAUAUAUAAAAAUUGGUGAACUGUCCCUUUAAGCUCUUUAAAAACAUGUGUACCUGUAAAACAUCCACUAUAAACGUAGCAAGUUAUAAGCGAUGGCUAGAGAUUGCUGCCAGACAAUGUAGCUAAAAUAUUCACCAGGAGAAAAUAUCAGAGCUAUACUAUCAAGACAAACCUCUGUCUCAUGGUGUAAUCAGUGAGUUGUGAAAUUCAAGCUCUACUAGCCUCAGCGAACACAAUAUUUUAGAUUCACACCAAUAUUUGAAUACUGGGCUAUUUGUGGGGAUGCUAAAAAAUAGUUUUGAUAGCACCACAUUGUCUACACCUUACAGAAGAGUUUCCCUGCUGGGAUAGGAGAAAGUAUGCACAACAUGCAUCGCCUUUAGGUGCUAAAGCUAGCUGUGGGACUGAAUGGGGCUGUGUGUAUCAGAUUGUGUGUAGGUUAAUAAGUGCAAGAUGCUGUAAGGAGGUACUCAGGCAGAUGUGCAUUAGCUAAUGUUGCUUGGACGCAGCUGGGUUGGGCAGGGCUAAUAGACGGACCAUAACACUAUGACAUCAUCAAGAGAGUGGGGGGAAGCUGGGCUGAGAGAGAGGGAUGGAGGGGGGAUGAAAAGGAAAGAGGGAGGGAUUAAGCAAGCCACAGUAAGGGACAGAGCAACUGUCAGAAAGCAGAGAGAGACAGAGAGGACGCAGGGCUAGGCUCAGUCCGCACAGAAGCUUGCAGAUUUCUCCUUUGCUGCCACUGCAUCUUUCCUUUUCCCUUUCCCUAGCCAUCCCCCUUCCCUUCCCUCUCCCCCUCCCACUGUCCUCUCCGCUCUGGACCGCUCCACCGGGCAUGCUACUUAAGCCAAAGUAUGGCCGCUUCCGGAACGACUCUGUGACCUCCUCCGACGACCUGAUGCAGAGCCUAGCCAUGAGCGGGAAGGUGGUGGCCACUCCGGUGGCCUCCUCGUCCACGCCUGGCUUGGAGCUGCCACCCCUGGAGACCGCUGCCCUUCCUCCGCCUUCGGCCCAGGUGCUUGCCGACUCGCCCGGGCUGGACGGAGAGCAGGACGGCACCACCACCUUCUGCAUGCUCAUUCCCAAGAUGCCCCAGUGGAAGUUCUCCAAUUCGUUGCUCAGCCGCAGCCCGUCCAAUAGCAGCUCCAGCUCCAAUUCCAGCAAGGAUUCUGGCAGGGCGCCUCCGACCGAUAGUUCCCCUGCUGGGGGGGCGACUGCCGCCGGUGGUCCUGUGGCUAGUCUUGCAGCUGUGUUCAACUCCUGUGACCCUGUUUGUGUGGGCCCAUGUUCCCUGCAGGCCUCCAGGAGGCAGAGGGCCAGUCCGAGAGAGUCCAGCGCUGGGGCCGCAGAGGGGAGUCCAGGGGGCUCUGGGAACUUCAGGAUGAGCCGGAGGACCAGGGUGGAGGGAAUGUGGCUGGGAGAUAACUUCACCCAGAAGGGCAGCUUCAUCAACAAGCCCUCGCAGGGGUGGCUGCACCCAGACAAAAAGAUCAACGGUACGGGAGCUUCGUACAUCGUCAGGUACAUGGGCUGCAUUGAGGUUCUGAAAUCGAUGAGAUCUCUGGACUUCAGUACUAGGACACAGGUCACAAGGGAGGCCAUCAACAGGUUAUGUGAAGCUGUACCUGGAGGAAAAGCUGCCUGGAAGAAGAAAACCACCAAUAAAACCCUCCAGUCUAUCAUGGGGAAGAGCAACCUACGUUUUGCUGGAAUGAGCAUCGGCGUCAACAUCUCCAUUGAUGGCUUGAGUCUCCUCGUCCCCACCACAAGACAGGUGAUUGCCCAUCACCCCAUGCAGUCCAUAUCUUUCGCCUCUGGUGGAGACUCGGAUACACCCGAUUAUGUUGCUUACGUAGCCAAAGACCCCGUCAAUCAAAGAGCGUGUCACAUCCUGGAGUGCUGUGACGGUCUGGCUCAGAAUGUGAUCAGUACCAUCGGCCAGGCCUUCGAACUGCAGUUCAAACAGUACCUUCACAGCCCGCCCAAAGCCAUCCCCACCAUGGAUAGGAUCAUACGAACAGAAGAGUCGGCGUGGGGUGAAGAUGAGGAGUCUUCUGAGCACGAUUACUACAACAGCAUCCCAGGAAAGGAGCCUCCUGUGGGGGGAGUGGUGGACUCUAGGCUCAGGCCUCCUCCGGGCCUACUGGGUCACGUCCAUACGCAACCACAGAGCAAAACCUCUCAGAUGGGGUCACCGGCCAAAAGAGAUGCAGGCAGCCUCCCUUCCGCCCACUUGUGUUAUGAAGUACACUGGGACACGGAAAACAGCAGCAGCUCAACUUUGACUUCCGAUGGUUACCUCCGAGCAGACGGUCAUCCCACAGGCAGCCGAGAUUACGAGGAACAUCUGUAUGUAAACACCCAGAAUCUGGACAACAUGGAGGCCUCAAUGGACGGCCGAGGAGGACGCAGAUCUGAGAGUCCAAAGAAAGACAUUUUUGAUAUGAGGCCAUUUGAGGACGCACUGCGUCUACACGAGGCUGGAGGAGUUUGUGUGUUGGAGGACAAGUGGCCGAGUCCCCCGCGGCGCCGGGCCCCCGUCGCCCCCACGGAGGACCAGCUGAGGCGGGAGAUGUGGUACCACGGCCGCAUGAGCCGCAGGGACGCAGAGAACCUGCUGGGGCGAGAUGGAGAUUUCCUGGUGCGGGACAGCGCCACUAACCCGGGCCAGUAUGUGCUGACGGGGAUGCAGUGUGGGCUUCCCAAACAUCUGCUAUUGGUGGAUCCUGAAGGAGUGGUUCGGACUAAAGACAUGCUUUUUGAGAGCAUCAGCCACCUGAUCAACUACCACCUGACCAACAAGCUGCCGAUUGUUGCAGCAGAGAGCGAGCUACACCUCCAGCAGGUGGUCUGCAGAAAGAAAUGACUUUCAUGUUGAAGCCCAUAUAGAGUAUAUGGGUGGAAGGCCGUCCCCUGUGCCGCCAAUCUAGAGGCCCCACACUAUUGCCUUAAACAGACUCUGAGCUUCCACUGGGACUUGUGGGAUAUCGCUGUUCCUUAGGCACCGACCACAAACAGCUUUCGGCAUGUCUUGCUCAAUCCAACCCUUCUUCAGCAGAGAAGACCCCAACUGAGAGUUUGGCAUUGGGAAAUAAAGUGCUCGUGAACACUUUUUCCCAGCAGACUGUUCUUGGCAUUGCCUGUCAGAAAUGUGAACUUGUGUGAAACACAUGAGACAAACCGUCUUCUUCUCUUCCGUGACAUCCAUACGAGCGCUCGUCGUCAGUGGGCUGUUGUUUCUAAAUGUGAUGUAUUCAGUAACCGUGUCUCUGCUCUUCUCUGAUGGUCACCUCUGAGACUCUGGACAUCAUUGUGUUGUGCUUACAAGGGUUUGCUCUCAGGAUGCAGUAUUUGUUAAGGACGUUAUAUAAAGCUCAUAAGCUCAGUCGCUCUAAUGCCGUCGUAUUAAAUGCACAUGUUUAAUUUAUGAACUCAGGACCAAACGAUUGGGUCAUGCUCAUGUGAUAUUGCCCUUUUUUUAAAACCCUAGUGAUUCACAUAUGCGUUAUACUUCACAAAUAUUCCAUUUCUCUGUUGUGUUCAGUCACAAACAGAUAUGUUUUUUUUAAAGGUGCAUUUAGUAGUUUGGUGCUAAUAAAAUCAGUUUGCUCAUUUCACAUAAUUCGGUUCGCCCUGUGUGAAUUUGCAUCUAUUCGCUAUUGUCGGUAAUCAAUUUUACCUAGAACAUUUUGAUGCUAAUUCGCUAAUGCAUCCCUUCGCUAAUUUCGUUCAUCAUUCGCUAAUUGCUCAUCUUUUUGCAUCCUUCACACAAAAUUCUACAGUAUUUUGCCGAAUAGACUCUAAAAUCUGUACAACCGAAUUAAAAAAACGAGCGCAAACAUGGCUGAACGUUUAACAGCAUGUGGCUUUGGUACUUAAAAGUACACAAAAAUCUAGCUAACUACUGAAUGUACCUCACCUUUUUUCUGUUUGUCUGGGCACAAAAAUCAACCACAAACUUUUUUUUUUAAUACAUUUCAAUAAAUAGUUCUUAAUGUCAAACGAUCUUAUUUCAACUUAAAAGCUGCUUUCUGGAGAAUCGUCAUUAACUGAAACCUGCUAAUUAUUCUGGUUAUAUAAAAAGGAGAGUCUGACUCAGUACAGUGUAUAAAGAAUCACGUUAUUUCCCCCACUACCCAAAAAGAAGAUUCCAGUGCCUUAAAAGUAAUUAUGUUUUACUUCAAAAACACCCUUCCACUUACUUAGGGUUUAUGCAUCCUAGUUUCUGUUAUUAAGGUCAACAGCUGAAUGCGUAAUAGCAAAGCAUGCUACUCUUACUAUUUCAGCAAUAUUAGAAUAUGGCAGAAAUAGAAAGAAUAGCUAGGGUUUAUCUAGUUUGCAUAUUUUAAUUAGAAUCAGAUAAUAGAUGCUGUAGCCGCACUAUUUGGCUUCAAAAAGCAUAACAUGAAUCACAGAUAUUUCAGAAAGCAUACUUACAGGGCUCUUGCUUCAGCCUAGCAACAGACAUUGAGAUAAAUGUGAAUUCUAGCAGUUAACUUUCCAGAUAUUCUAGACCUCAUCGCCGCCACCAAAAAACACUUUAUUUUCUCAGGAUGUUGUUUCUGUAUGCUCUGAUCUAAAAGCAUUCUCAAUAAAACUGAACAGGAAGGGAAAAGUUAAA